CAGCUAAAGCAGCUCGUCUCCGUGUUGUGCCCAUGUGUGUGUGUCCCUCUCCCUCUCCUCUCUCUCUCUCUCUCUCUCUCUUCCUGUGUCUCUCUGUCAGCUCGGCUCACUAGUUUCCAGCAGGCUUGCACGGAGAGACGAGGGCUGCUCCCUUUCGCCUCUGCACAGCAACACCAUACAUCCCCGCACCAUGGCCGCCACGGACGUAGACGUGUUUGCGAACGAACUGAAGCGUAACCUGAAUUUGGGCGGACAUGUUGGAUUUGACAGCCUCCCUGACCAACUGGUCAGUAAAUCGGUCACACAGGGAUUUUGUUUCAACAUUCUCUGUGUAGGGGAGACCGGUAUCGGCAAGUCGACGUUAAUGAACACGCUCUUCAACACCAUGUUUGAGAACGAAGAGGCGAGCCAUUACCAGAAUGGCGUGUAUCUGCGGCCGCGAACGUACGACCUGCAAGAAAGCAACGUCCACCUCAAACUGACCAUCGUUGACACCGUUGGCUUCGGUGAUCAGAUCAACAAAGAGGACAGUUACAAGCCCAUCGUUGACUACAUCGACACCCAGUUUGAAAACUAUCUCCAGGAAGAGCUGAAGAUCAAACGCUCGCUGUUUAACUACCACGACACCAGGAUCCACAUCUGCCUUUAUUUCAUCGCCCCGACAGGACAUUCCCUCAAGUCUCUGGAUCUCGUCACUAUGAAAAAACUGGACAGCAAGGUCAACAUUAUUCCCAUCAUUGCCAAAGCGGACACAAUCUCCAAGAGUGAGCUCCAUAAAUUCAAGAUUAAGAUUAUGAGUGAGCUGGUGAGCAACGGCGUCCAGAUAUAUCAGUUCCCAACAGACGACGAAGCCGUCAGCGAGAUCAACUCCUCCAUGAACGCUCAUCUGCCCUUUGCCGUGGUGGGCAGCGUGGAAGAGGUCAAAGUGGGUAACAAAACAGUGAGGGCCAGACAGUACCCCUGGGGUAUCGUGCAAGUCGAGAACGAGAGCCACUGCGACUUCGUAAAGCUCAGAGAGAUGCUGAUCAGGGUCAACAUGGAGGACCUGAGGGAGCAGACCCACGCUCGCCACUACGAGCUGUACCGACGCUGUAAGCUGGAGGAGAUGGGCUUCAAAGACACAGACCCCGACAGCCAGCCAUUCAGUCUUCAAGAGACGUACGAGGCCAAGAGGAAAGAGUUCUUGGGCGAUCUGCAGCGUAAAGAGGAAGAAAUGCGACAAAUGUUUGUCAACAAAGUAAAAGAGACGGAAGGAGAACUGAAAGAAAAGGAGAGAGAGCUGCAUGACAAGUUCGAGCAGCUGAAGCGGAUGCACCAGGAGGAGAAGAGGAAGGUGGAGGAGAAGCGGAGGGACCUGGAGGAGGAGAUGAACGCCUUCAACAGGAAGAAGGUGGCAGCCGAGACGCUCUCCUUAUCUCAGCCCCUCAAGAAGGACAAGGACAAGAAAAAUUAAUUUAUGGGCGCUGUAUACCCUCCCACACACGACCAUGGACUUGCCCUCCAUCACCAUUGCAACGACAACACCUGUUUUGUAUUUGUUUGUUAUUUUUGUUUUGACAUUCCAUCUUGACAUUGUGCACAUGGACCAAAGACACUGAGGAUGAUGAUGAUGAUGAUGAUGAUGAUGAUGAUGAUGAUGAAGCCACAGGAGAGAAAAAGAGUGAAAGAUGGUGAGAGAUUAUGAGGAAAGUAACGUUCACUUGCCAACAGUGGCCAUCUCAUUUAUUCAGGAUCUUUCAUUCUAUGCUUAUUUUUUUGGAGACACUUUUAUAUAUAUAUAUAUGUUGUGAUUCCAAGAUAUUUUGUUGUAUUUUCUUGUGUUUUCCAUCAAUCAUACACACAGAAACGAGAGGUUCAACCUUUUGGUUCUACAGUGUAACACAAUGGGCAAGUCAUUUGAAACCGUUUAAUCUGUAUUUAAAGAAUUUAGGGUGUGCUUGAUUUUAUAUGUCUGACAUUUUAAAUGACUAAUUGGAAAUAUCAGUAAAAUCAAACCUCUCCCUAAAGUCUUUUUAAAUACCUGAGCUGUUUGAAAUGUAGUCCAGGUGUGAUGUGCCUGUUAACCUUUUUGUAAUCAUGACAAUUUAAAUUAACUACAUUUCACAGUAGAAUAAAUCCCUGAGCCUAAAUAAUACAUUUAAACCGCAUUGUCAAGCAAUACAACUGAGUACCUGUAUACUGUUUAAAUGACUGCAUACACAUAGGUACUGACAACCUAAAGCUUAGUCUUAACUCCUAAUAAAAAAUAUAUGCAAUAUUCUGGUGCUGUUUCAUAUUAACUCAAUUAAUGUAUGUGAAUAUUUUCUAGAGCUUACUCAGCUUAAUAUGCAAAAUGUACUAGUUUUUGAAUAUGAUAUUAUUGUAAGAAGCACAUAUGAUGGUAGACAUUGUCCACAAAUGAUGUAACUUUAUUUUAAACAAUGAGUGACCGCCUUGGUGUGAGUGUUGUGGCAGCGGACACACGCACAAACAAAGAAAGCCAGUAUGUAUACGUACACACAAACACAGGAUUCAGGAAAACAUACAAGCCUCAGCUCGCUGUUGAAGAGUUUACACUCGGAGAGAGAGGAGAGCAGCUGUAUUUACUGUCUGUCGUUGGAAAUAAAUGCAAAACACCCCUCCAACUUUGA